AUGGCAAAACGCCGCUUCAAGAUCAUUGCACUGGUUUUGUCCAUUCUAGUUGGCAAGUUCUUCUUGGCUUUCUUUGAGAUACCUCGAACGACGCAAGACAGAUACAAGCGUUCAAGCAAGACUGCAAGGUCCGCAGAGGCUCCUUGGUUGGCAGCAUGUCUUGACCCAAUUGUCAGUGUGGCAGGGAUAUCAUUGAAGGACAUUGGAAAGCAAGUUUUGGAUGCAAACAAAAAUUUUCGUCCGAUUGCAAAGCUGAAACUAUUGGAGGAUGUCUAUGAAGCCCACCACCACGCAAGACUCCUUGCGGAUAAACUGAUGGAUAGAGCCAAGAUGUCACAGGAAGCCCGAAACAUCUUUGUGCCCAGCAUCUCAAUACCACUCAUCCCCGUGAAUGCCACAGAGUUUCAGCAUUUGGUGACGAGUGUGCUAUCCGAUGCGACCUCCACGGGAGUCUCUGCGAUUCAUGCUGAACCCGGCACGGGCAAGUCGGUUGCGGUAGCUUUAGCCAUGCUGACGUGGGCAAAACACAACCCAAAGUGCAUCACUGUUUUGAUACAAGAAAACCUGAAUCUUCUCAAAGAUUUCUUUCGAGUUAGCGAUGAAGCCUACGUGCCGGCUGUCGCAGCAAACCUUUUUCGAAUCUUGUCAGAUGCGGGAGUUCGCUUGCAAGUGGUUCUUGACAACAUCUUUGACAAUAGAAUCGGUCAGGAUGGGCAGAUGUUGAUUAGCCUUGCCCGCGCCGCCUUCUUACAUGGACAAGUUGUGGUCGUCACGCAGUCGCGUGAAGUCGCUGAGGAAGUUGGUUUGCUCAAUGGGGCACGAACACGUGUAUCGCCACAGCAGAAGUGCAAUGUCAGCAAGUACAGAUGGAAUGAGAUACAGGCAUACAGACUCCUUCUGAAUUUGAACGCAACUGCAAAGCUGAAGGACUAG